UAAAUCUGGUUGAUAUCGGGGAUUGAGAUCUUGUAACAAGACAAGUUACAAUGUGGCUAAUCUUCAUACCCUUUAUUAUAGGAUUUGUAGACAAGGUCUCGUCACUAGUGUAUUGCUCCUUUCCGAAAUAUUCGUACUAUUACAGUGCCUAUUACGGAUCCUACCAACAAUCACUAUCCUACUACACGGCGACGUGUGAUGAUUAUUGUCAGUAUUCAACAUGUGGUUACUACUACAAACCCAGCUACAGUACUACUACAGUUGUAAAGACUACUUAUACUGGAGCAAUAGUUGGUGGGGUGGUAGGAUUUCUUGUCAUAAUGGGGGUUUUGAUUGGAGUUGCCAUCUACUGUGGUGUAAAAAGACCAGGAAGGCCGGGACAGGUGCUGAACCCUGGAAUAAUGGGACAUUCUACAGUACCCUACGUACAAACACCUGACAUGCGGUAUGCCACGGAACCUUCCCAUGUUGUUGGGGUAAAUCCUGCUGACAAUGUGGAACAACCAGCCAACACAACAACAGACUCCAGAGAUGCUGAAAUCAUCAGAAACGCAUAAGUCAACAUGGCUUAAUAACAAAGAUCUGACACUACAUACAGAAUUUAUUGUUUUAAUCAAUAUUUUUUUUGUUUAACAAAGUUAAAUCUAUCUUGGAAUAUUCUUAUAUUCUGAGGUCCGCUCUAAUGAAACCAUAUCAAUGCUGCUUUUUCCUGCAUCGGUCAAGGUCAAACAAUCACCAAAAAUGAAGUUUAUAUAAACAAAGCUGAUAUCUAAAAUUAAUGUGUGAAUAAUUACUUCUUGAUUUACUAUGUCCGUAUUAAUAAAAAAAGGCAUUUUAAAUUGUU